AUGCCCGACAUCGACCCCGCGGCCUUGAGCCGUCCCACCGUCACUCUCUCGACUCCGGUCCUGUCCAACAAGUCGCUGUCUCUCAAUGCGGGAAAGACGACAAAGUCGAGCCAGAUCAUCCCCGCGCGCAUCGACCUCGAGCCCCUCUACAGUGCCCUCAAGUCGGCCGUCGGCAGUGAGCAAUGGGCCGUCUACAAGGAGGCCACGGCCGAGUUCCUCAUCGGCCGCCUGAGUCAAGUCGAGUAUUCGGAGCGCAUAGAUCCAAUCCUCAGCGGUGACAAUGGCGACAAGGACCACCUGCACAACCAGCUCAUCGCCGCCAUCUUCGGCAAUGUGACUCGCGAGAUGCCCGACCUGGGCAUUGCGCCAUGGGUCAGUGCAAACGACAAGCCCAUGGCGCCCGCGCCCAGCAAACCCGUCUCAGGUGAUGCGGCCGAGCGCAGGCUCAAGGGGGACGUGAUGCAGCUGCCUGCGCGAGACCGCAGGCGCAUCAAGGAUCUGCUCCAAAACGAGUACGAUCCCCACGAGACUCUGUCCAACGUUUUUGCCGACUCGUAUCGAAGACCAUCGGCCGUCGCAGAAGUGCCAUCCAGCGCCGCUGGUGGCAUCAACAAGAUGAACUUUGAUCUGGAAAUCCGAAAGCGAUUUGCCCAACCUCUUGCCGUAGAGUCGGGCGAGUUUCCAGACGUCGGCUUGGUCUCGGGACGGAUGCUUCCCAUCAGCUACGAGGCUGGCUUGACCGGUGGCCACGCGGCAGAUGCGCCGCACCUUAUGUGUGUCGCGACCGAGACUUUCAUCAAAGAGGUCUUGACGCAGAUCUUCAGCCGCACCCGAAGCAACGGCCCCGGCGAUUCUGGUAGUGCUGGCUUCGGCAUCGGGACAACGUGGAUCCAAACGUGGAAAUAUCAGCGGCAACUCGGUCAGGAGGAGGAGGCGGCCUUGCGGGGAGAAGUUACGCGAGACAAGAGUGGCUUGCUUCCCGUCGAGGCCAAAGCCGCCAGCGAGCGCGGACCCCUCGGCAUGGCCGACAUGCGCUUGGCUCUCGAGAUGUCUGACACGGGCAUGGCGCAGUUCCCGGUCUUGAUGACACAAGUGCUCUUUGGAUACCGGGAGGGUGAGCUGGAGAACUUGAACGACUACACGUGGAUGAACGGAGAGCCCCCCAAAGUCGAAGAGCUCCCCGAAACCAGCAAGGACGCGUGGCUUCCCAAUGGCCACUCUGAUGCCAUGGACGUUGACACUGAGGCGUGGUGGGAUGGCACAGACGCCCAGGACAUGGAUAUGCUAGAUGGCAUACUGGACUCGUGCCUUGCGGUGGGAUCUUAG